CCUAACCUUCAGUGGUAACUGUAUUGACCCAACACAUUUGACAACCCGUACAGUAUCUACAACAACAGCGUUUCCACCACAGUAUGCCCUCAACUGUAGUGUGUGUAGCAACGCCACAGACCUUGGACAGUGUAGCUGGACGCUGUGUGACCUGCGAGUUGAGGAAUGCUACACAGAGCAAGUGUUGACAAGCCAUGACAUAAUGUAUAUGGCUGGCUGCCAACCGUUACAGCAAUGCCAGGGCACAGCUUCACUCAUUGGAAAACGACAGACUAAGGACACCGUAAUAUGUUCCAGAUGUUGCCGGUCAGAUGGCUGUAACAGUCGUUUGUGUGGUAUAAGACCUCACGUGAACCCCCAUUCCUGUCUUGCCUGCAGUUCAAUAUCCACCGCACAGCAAGGUGAUGUUCUAGAUCCAGCGAAAUGUACAACAUACGGUGUUUGUGACUACAACGAGGCAUGUUUUGCGGGGACUGAGUACCAGGCAUAUAGCCCCUUAAAAUACCGUUACGGAUGUGAGCACAAAGAGAUGUGCAAACUAUUGAUGCAAAGGGUUUUCGCACACAUGGAUAGUUGUCAUGGUCACGAAGGAGAGGAAGGGUGUCGUUUGGUGCCAGAGAGCGCUUGUCAGGUCUGUUGUACUGACGAUGGCUGUAAUUAUGGUUCGUGCCAGGAAAUUAGAGAGAACCUCUACCGACUCUACAAGCAUGGCCGCUUCGAUUUACACACUCUGAAAAUAACGAAUCCGAAGUGAAUUGUAUCAAAUAAAUUGUGUUGUUUACAUAAAAGGUGAUACA